AUGUUCCACCUGGUGCUUGUGAGUGGGUUGCUGACAGGGGUGCCAUCGUGGGGGUCCUUCGCCCUCCUCCAGGAGUCCAGCCUUGAUGAGGAACAGCCGCUCGAGUCGUCUGUGGUUACCCUCGACGAGAGCUGCAGGGAGCGGGUCCUCCAGGAAGUGGGCUCUGCUACGCUCCGGUUGCUCCGGUUGGCCAGCCCCCCCAGGAUCGCAGGUGGCACAAGGAGGCAGGCGCAUGAAGCUUGGGAAAUGAUGGAACUGCCGGACCUGUCCAGUGGGGGGCAGCAUUUCAAUCUUUCGUCCAAUGAGACGCUGCUGGUCCGAAGAGAGAGCUGCACCCAAAUUUCCCACUACGUCACGUUGGAAGAUCUUGGCUGGCAAAACUGGGUGCUGCACCCUGUGUCCUUCGUCUUCACCCAGUGCCUAGGGUGCCGCUGCCACCGAAAGGGCAAGGCCCCUCCACUGCCCCUUUGGAUUCAAGACUGCGGACUCGAGCAGCCGAGCCGUCGGCCGGAUGGGGAAGCCAAGCAGAGACACUGCUGCCAGACCCGCCGGGCACCGAUGCCCUUCGUAUUCUUCAAAGAGGACGGCUCGUUGGUCAUUCGAGCAAUCCGCUUGGAACGAGAUUGCCACUGCCGCCCCUGA